UUAUAUUAUUUAGAACAUUAGAAACGUACAGAAGAGGAAGAAGAAUGGGUGCUACUCAAUCACAGCAAGAGCCACAAUCACAAUCACAAUCAGAAUCACAACCUCAACCUCAACCUCAGGCACAGUUACAACAGCACCACCAUCAGCCACAUGAAACCACCAAAAGGGAAACAUGGUUGUUGUCUCCUGGAAGAAACACAAAACCCUCCAAGAGUAAUAGCACAAAGGCAGUAGUAGAUAAUAAUGCCAGAGCUGUUAAAUCCAAUGAGACUGGAUCCAUGAUGCCACAUAACUAUGAACAUAUACUCAAGGAUGCAGACUCACCGGUUGAUAAAUCUUGCAGUAGGGGAAAGCUGUUUGAUCUGCUAUAUGCUGGGGUGUUCUUAGAUCACAAAACAAAGAAAUAUUGGGUAGAUAAGAGGUCCAACAGUAACUGUUUCAUGCUGUAUGCAAGAGCACUCUCAAUCACCUGGGCAGAAAAUCCAAUCUACUGGAAAUGGGUACAACAGAAAGAAGCAAGUGGCACAAUGACAGAGUUGGCUGAACUGAAAAGGGUAUGCUGGCUAGAAGUGGAAGGGAAAUUUGACACCACAAAGCUUUCACCAGGAAUUCUAUAUCAAGUGUCAUUUAUUGUAAUGUUGAAAAAUGGGGCUAAUGAGGGGUGGGAAAUUCCAAUAAAUGUUAGACUUGAAAUUCCUGGAGGAAAGAAACAAGAACACAAGGAAAAUUUAUUGGAAAAGUCAAGGGAGAGUUGGGUAGAGAUUCCAGUGGGAGAAUUUGUAGCAUCUGAGAAAGAUGUUGGUGAGAUGAAGAUCUUCAUGUAUGAAUAUGAAGGUGGCAUGUGGAAGACUGGGCUAAUCAUCAAAGGCAUUGUCAUCAAACCAAAGAACUAAUUAAGAGAUAUAGAAUAUUAUAAGCUAUAUAUAAUAAACCCUCUGCCAUGUACGCAUGCAGAAGUAUCCUUUUCGAAUUUCUGGUCUCUGAACUCUAUAUAGAAUAUAUAGCAAGUUGGUGUUUUUCAACAUCCAACUUAGCCUAA